GUACGGACUGCCUUGGUCGAGGUGCUCUUCUAGCCAACAACAAAGGCACGGGUCUCCCGCCAGAUUCAGAGAUAAUAAUCAACUAUGGCCGGAAAGACUCUAGGCCGAUCAUCGGGGUCCUUGAAUGCCCCCAUAGCCGCCUUCACCAUGGCGCUGCUUCUAGGAUCCUACUGCAUCAGUUCAAUUCACACCGCUCGUCGCGAGGCACAAUCCGCAUCGAGUACCACCACCACGCCCCGGGCGAAGAGGACAGAGUCGCAGUCUUCAUGGGUGCAGCAAGCACUGGAGGAAAGUCGGGAAGAAAAGGGGUCUAAUUGAUGGUGCAAUUGUACAACUACAUUAAUCGAAGGACGUCCAAGAGAUUUUCAAACUUUGAAAUGAAUAUUUCCAUUGAACCACACUAAACUAGCAAAGCAACCCAGACAACAAGCACCAUAU